AUGUAUGAAGCUGAAGAAGACGCAAACCCGCGCGCUUUUCUGGACAGUCAAUGCUGCAGCAUAAGCCCAUACUGGAAAUGGCGACGGUGUUUGGAUCGAGGCUGGCACGGCGACCCAAUUUUACUCCUCAAUGGGUUUGCGCCACGUGCCGUGGGUUCAAUCAAACAUGACAAGGCUAAGAAUGACAAGGCGAAGAGCAAGGAGCGCCAAAUCCUAGUCAAGGAAAUCACCCAUGCAUCGCAGAUGUGGGGUCCUGACCCCAAGUUCAACCCCCGUUUGAACCUCGCGAUCACAAAAGCGAAGCAAGCUCAAUUGCCAAAAGCGACAAUUGAGGCGUCGAUAGCUCGUGGUCAGGGAAUUAGUGUUUCUGGAGAGGCUCUCGAACCAGUGACGAUUGAAGCUAUGCUCCCGGGGUCCGUCGCUGCCGUGAUAGAAUGCUUGACCGACCAAAAAGCUCGCGUUCUCCAAGACAUUCGGUGCAUCAUCAAGGAUUACGGUGGAACUGUAACUCCGACAACCUAUCUGUUUGAAAAGAAGGGAAGGGUGACCUUUGAGAAAAAGGAGGGCCUCAACCCGGACGAUUAUUUAGAUGCAGCCAUUGAGGCUGGCGCAACGGACGUGGAAAGUGACGAAGAAGGCCGGCUCGUAGUGUUCACAGAGCCCUCUGAAACAAAGGCUGUUGGCGAGGCCCUCUCAAAAGCCACAGGGCUCGCACUCGAGCGAUCAGAAAUCAUCUGGGACCCCAAUAAGGACACCAUGGUCAAGCCGAAGAGCGAAGAGGAAGCCAAAGAGCUCGAAGAAGUUCUGGAUGCUAUCCGGGACGAGCCAAGCGUCCGUGACGUCUAUCUCAAUACAAGUCUGAAGUUCUGA